AUGGACGUUCCUUUGUCCUAUGCCUUGUGGCCAGUCGCAGUACGCCUGUCAAGCAUUCGCAAGGCUGUGAAAGGGCAGAAAGUAGCAAGGAAGCAGCUUGAGCGCAACCUGCAAAGGGCACAACAAGAAGGUGACCAACCGGAUGCCGGCGAGGUUGAGCUCCAGGAGCUCGAGGACAUUGACGACUCGGAAGACAUGGACGAGGAUGUGGAAGACUUCGUGGAUCUAGACGAUGCUGAACUCGCGGGAUCCACCACCUCACUUGAGGGCCAGAGCUUCUUCCAGGAAGGCGACCUGGACCAAGAGCUUCGCCGGGCGGCGGACAUGCUGCCGGAAGCGGGGAUCUUCGAUCAGGCUGGCAAAAGCCUCAGCCGUGCUGCCGUGGUCGAGGCUUUGCUGAGUGAGUCGUCGAGGUCCUGGACGUGUGGCAUAGAACGGGAGCCUGCCAUCCUCGAGGACCGACCAAAUCCUGACGGCAGUUUCGUCGCGGUGCUCGCGCAUGGACUGGAGAGUGUGGUCGAACUGCGUGGCAGGUUGGUCCCGCUGUCCGGCCUGCCGGCAAAGCAGCGCCGGGCGCUACGGCGCGUUGUGCAGCCGGACGAGGUAAACUGGAAGGCAUUGCCGCCGUUUGUGCCAGCUCAUGAAGACAAGCGCUUGGAGAGGUUGGCUUUGGACAGCGAUUGUCGGUACUUUUCCAGCACAUCUUCUCUGACAGGCCUUCUGUCACGGUGCUACUUCGCAAUAUCGCAGCACCGCCAGUUCGACCCUUGUGGCCUCAGCAAGGGAUACCGCAGCAGGCCGAGAACCUUCAGCCCCAGCACAAGGUGGCCGACAGUCUCAUAUCUUCGCCGAGCGUCUGGCUCAUUGUGGUCGCUGACUGCAGCGAAAAACGACCCUGAGGAUAAGACGGUGCUGCUGGACUUGGGAAAGUCAAUGGAAUACCAGCUCACGAUGUCGAAGAACGAUUUCGAUGAGCGAUUCCUGAAGAAUGGAGGUGCAAGCACCGAAGUUUCCUCCACGGAGCAGGAGAAGGACGACCAGGCCUACAGAUUCUUGAAGGUGGACCGGCUAAUGAUGCGUUCACAGCUGGAUGCCAUCUAUCAGGGCCUUGUUUUCGAUGUCAAGACCCGUGCAGUGAGUGCAGUGAGGCAUGAUGCGCAGAAUUAUGAAAAGCGGCGGAAAUAUCGCAUCACGAGGAUAUUCGGCGCUCGCAACAGUUACGAGCUGGAAAUCUAUGAAAUGAUGCGAAAUGCCUUCAUGAAGUAUGGGUUCCAGGCCAAGAUUGGCCGCAUGGAUGGUGUCAUCGUGGCCUAUCACAACACGUCCGAAAUCUUCGGCUUCCAGUACAUUCCGCUGGCCGACAUGGAGCGUUGCAUUUACGGCGGCCGAGAGGCAGCAGAUGUGGCUUUCGACUUGAGUGUCAAAGUCUUGCAAACAUUGCUGGACUUUUUGACCCAGGAAGAAAAUCUGGCAAAGCAUGGGACCAUCAAGAUGAGGGUAUCAUGCGAGGAGAGUGCAAACUCAGACUUGGGAAACGCGCUAGAUGUCUCUGCAGCUCCAGUCCUGAAAGAAGGCGGUGAAGCGGAAGUUGAUGAGCUUGGGACGGCUCGGCACUUCCGCCUACUGGUGAAUACGUUCCAUGGGGAUGGGACUCGGCGCAAGGCGGACGAGGCCUUGCAGACUGGCGACUACGUCGAAGUGACCUUCACCGAGGUCGUUGUUAAUGCCAUCCUCGAAAGACGAGGCGAGUCAGGGACGAAGCGCGCCCAGGAAGAGUGGUCUCCAUGGCAGGCUUUGCAAGACCUUGCUUCCGCCAUCCAGGGUGCUUUCCAGGGAGGCGAUGAGAAAAGGCUCGUUGGUGGAAGUCUGCUGAAUCGCAGAGCAAUCAGACGGUGGUCCACGGCUCAGAAGCUAAAGGUACAGUUGUCAAGACCUGGCGGAGCUUUGAUCUCAGACGGCUUAGCUGCAAUGGCUCAGCACUGCAUUGGUUUGCAGCGUCGGAAGUCGAUAACCGACCCUCUGGGAGCAUGCAUUUCUCGCGAGCAGCUGGUCGGCAGUACUUUGCAUGUAUGGACUGGCCAGUUUGUUCUGAUUCUCCUUGCCCUUCCGCUUCAUCAUGCGAGUGCUCCGGCCAACCUGCCGAAUCGUGCCUUCAAGUACCGCACAUAUCGCCAAACCCACGAUUUCUUCCAAGACCUUCGCCGACGCCAUCCCAACCUCGUAGAGCUUUGGUUUGCGCAGGAUCUUUUUCCAGAGAUCCUUCCUCAGAAGAGAUCCUGGGGAACUUGCGAGGGCGAGGCAUGCAGGACGCUCAUUGUGCGCAUCGCCAACAAGCAGCUGCUUUCCGACUCCACCCCAGAGGUUUUCUUCAGUGGAGCACUACACGGAGAUGAAAGGAUUGGUCCGGCGACUGUCUGUGAGCUGGCGACUUUCCUUUGCGAGCAGCAUGCCGCAAAUCACGCAGAGGUAGUUCGACUGGUCGACGGGCGAUCCACGUGGCUCAUGCCAAUGACGAACGCACAUGGCUAUGCGAACUACAAGCGGGAGGAGAAUGGCAUGGAUCCAAAUCGAGACUUCCCGUAUUUACAGAUGCCUCAGCGAUGCAUGCAGACACAGACCGCUCGGGCGGUGAACGAGCUGUUCCGCCGGCACCUCUUCCAGUUCAGCAUCACCUUCCACGGUGGCAUGCGGGCCCUCACCUAUGAAUGGGGAUCGAAAAACCACUUGGUCAAAAUGAAGUCGACGGAGUCUCCCGAUGAGUCAGCCUUCAGACAGGUGGGUGAGUCCAUUCGCGAAGCUGCCGGGAAGAACUCUAGAAAUCGAUGGUUUUAUCCCCUCGGGCCGAUCAAUGACUUAGUAUACCCCGUGGAUGGAGGCAUGGAGGACUGGUCCUAUGCAGCUGGAUUCGAGAAUUCUCCAAGACCCAUCACGGUCUGCCAACCGACCACGUAUGGUGGUUACCCGGAGGACCGCACAAGGUAUCGCAAAGAUAGCAUCAGUACUCUGAUGUACUUGGCAGAAAUGGACGACAAGAAAACAGCCCAAGAGGCGACUCUUGGGCACACUUCGGAGAUAUGGGCCGCCGCCGUUUCGCAGGGCCACGUGCCACGAAACCUUCGAAUGUGUUUGAAGCUAAUUGAGCUGGCACGUCCGGAAGUUGUGGUGCAAAGUGUGACGGCACCACGAACCCCAGGCCCGGGUGCGUCAGUCGCCGUGGACGCUUUCGGCUUCGGCUGUAGCCAGCUGACGGCGAGGCUUCUUGUGGCACCGACUGCCCACAUCCCAGAGUGCAAUGUUGGUGUGGACAGCGGUGCGGCCUUGGAGGACGGCACAUUUCGAAAGCUGCUCGAGGCCAAGCAGAUUGCCACGGUGAACUUCCGAUGCCAAGGGCUGACGCUCUGGGGCGCUCCGAGAACAUCUUUCCGUCUUGAGGGCAAGCUGCCCGCGGACGUUAGCGGCGAGGUGUGUCUCCUGAUAGCUGCUGAGUUUGAUAGCCAGUGGGGUCACCAGGUGCAUCCAGAUCCGUCUGUAAAGCCUCGCUCACAUGCCGCCCGCCUUCGAUUGGAGGAGAGAUACGAGGCGAAGGCAAGUGAUGGACCCAAUCUGAUCCGAGCGCGUCGCACCAAACUGUUCGUUGCUGCGCCGACUCCACUGGUGCUGAAACAGUACAUUAAGGAGGCGGAGGUGCAACCCGUUUCAAGUACUGGCUUGCCCUCAUUGGAUGUGCCAGUUACCACGAUGCAUCCACCGAAGGAGCCUGCACCGUCGACAUCAUUCGCAGCGCAGGCAUCGACGUCCCACCUCCGACAUGCACCACCGAUAGCUCCGCCCGAAGAGAAGAACGGGCUCAUAAUUCCCUUGUAUGCCAUCGCUACCAUCUCGUUUGUCAUCUCUGUGUCCUGUGGUUUCAUGGUGCUGGUCAACCUGCGUUCACAGGUACGACAGGGCAAAGCGAAUGUGCACGACGCUAUCAGUGAAGCCGAGCUUGCAAAGAUGGUAGGCCAAAGCCAGCCUGCUGAAUAA